AAUCUAUAAGGAGAAUGGCUCUCCAGUGCCCUGAAGAGUUGCCUCUAAAUCUAAUCUUCACUGGCUUUUACUAUAUAUAUUCUCUGCCAAAGAAUAUUGAUCCCAUUGUUCAUAUCGUCAAUACAAUUUUAAUCAGUUAAGUUAAAAUUCUUAGAGCUCCACUUUUUGUGACAAUUAAAUUGUUAUAGCAUGGAAGGCAAAGUUUUCACAGAAGAACAGGAAACACUGGUGGUGAAGUCAUGGGGUGUGAUGAAGCAGAAUGCUGCUGAUUUGGGCCUUAAGUUCUUCUUGAAGAUCUUUGAAAUUGCACCAUCAGCUCAGAAGCUGUUCUCUUUCUUGAGGGACUCUAAUAUUCCUCUUGAGAAGAACCCAAAGCUCAAGCCUCAUGCCAUGGCUGUAUUUGUUAUGACUUGUGAAUCAGCAGUUCAACUCAGGAAAGCAGGCAAGGUUACAGUGAGAGAGUCAACCUUGAAAAGAUUAGGUGGUGUCCACUUCAAGUCUGGAGUGGUUGAUGAACAUUAUGAGGUGACCAAGUUCGCAUUGUUGGAAACCAUAAAGGAGGCCGUACCGGAAAUGUGGUCACCGGAGAUGAAGAAUGCAUGGGGAGAAGCGUAUGAUCAGUUGGUUACUGCUAUAAAAUCAGAAAUGAAGCCUCCCCUUAAUUAGCCACAACUCUUUACAAGUUCUUUUCUUAAUUUGUAACUUAAUAAGACGGAAAUACUAUCUGCCUCUAUUUGUUUGGUUGUUUGUUAGGCCGUACCGGAAAUGUGGUCACCGGAGAUGAAGAAUGCAUGGGGAGAAGCGUAUGAUCAGUUGGUUACUGCUAUAAAAUCAGAAAUGAAGCCUCCCCUUUAUUAGCCACAACUCUUUACAAGUUCUUUUCUUAAUUUGUAACUUAAUAAGACGGAAAUACUAUCUGCCUCUAUGUGUUUGGUUGUUUGUUCCAAUCUUUUGUUAAUAUCUAAAACACCCUCAAUAUUUUAGUGUC